AUGGAUCUCUUCAUUGUCCUGGUAAUUUGUCUUUCUUGUUUGAUUCUUCUUUCUCUGUGGAAUGGAAGAUAUGCCAAAGGAAAGCUCCCCCCUGGCCCGACUCCUCUCCCAAUUGUUGGAAAUAUUCUACAGUUAAAUACUAAGAACAUCAGCAAAUCUAUAAGCAUGCUAGCAAAAGAUUAUGGCCCUGUGUUCACUGUGUAUUUUGGCAUGAAGCCCACCGUGGUGUUGCAUGGAUACAAAGCAGUGAAGGAAGCCGUAAUUGAUCGGGGAGAAGAAUUUUCUGGCAGAGGGAGUAUCCCAGCAUUUGAAGAAAUCUCCCAAAAUUCAGGAAUUAUUUUCAGUAAUGGAAAAAUAUGGAAGCACACCUGGCAUUUCUCCCUCACAGUUUUGCAGAAUAUGGGGAUGGGGAAAAAGACUAUUGAAGACCGAAUUCAAGAGGAAGUCUCAUAUCUGGUGGAAACGUUAAAAAAAACCAAUGCAUCUCCCUGUGAUCCCACUUUCCUUCUGGCCUGUGUUCCCUGCAAUGUGAUCUGCUCUGUCAUUUUCCAGAGUCGUUUUGACUACAAUGAUCCGAAAUUUCAAACCUUGCUUAAGUAUUUUCAUGAAAACCUUAGGAUUGUAAGCACCCCUUGGAUGCAGCUCUACAAUGCUUUUCCUCUUUUACAUUAUCUCCCAGGACGUCACAAGGAGUUAUUUAAAAAUGUUGCUUGCCAAAAAGAGUUUAUUUUGGAGGAAGUAAAACAGCAUCAAGAAUCUCUGGACAUGAAUAACCCUCAGGACUUUAUUGAUUACUUCCUGAUUAAAAUGGAAAAGGAAAAACACAAUAAGCAGUCUGAAUUUACCAUGGACAACUUGGUCAUUACCAUAUGGGAUAUGUUUAGUGCUGGAACAGAGACUACGAGCACCACAAUGAGAUAUGGACUCUUGCUCCUGCUGAAGCACCCUGAGGUCUCAGCUAAAAUCCAGCAAGAGAUUGACCGUGUGAUUGGCAGACAGCGGAGCCCCUGCAUGCAGGACAGGAGCCGCAUGCCCUACACGGAUGCCGUGGUGCAUGAAAUCCAGAGAUACAUUGACCUGGUCCCCACCAACCUGCCCCAUGCGGUGACUGAGGACAUUCAGUUUAGAGAAUACUUUAUUCCAAAGAUGUGGAACCUGCAUGUACAGAGGAACUUUGGAAAAAGAGUUUGUGUUGGAGAGGGCCUGGCCCGCAUGGAGCUGUUUUUAAUCCUGACCAGCAUUUUGCAGAAUUUUACCUUGAAACCUCUG